CUCCAGUAGUUUUCACGCGAACAGUCUUUUACCCAGGAACCCCCGAUCAGGAUAACUGAGGUAAGCUACAAAAAGAGAGUAGAUGGCCCUGCUGUCAACAACCAGCUGAUACUGACUGGAUACUGGACGUUCUCGACGAGCUAGAUAACGCGCAAAUGGAUGCCCUGGCAUCUUUUCUCGAACGAGCAAGCUGGACAGAAGACGGCGAAAAUCUGUAUUUUUGCAAUGACACAAACCUAGAACCCAUGUUGAUAAAGGCUGCAAAUGAUCUUCCAGACUAUCUUCGUGGCUACGGAUUUCAGGCUUGGAAGGUUCUGGGAAGAACGAGGAUACAGGCAACGAAUGGAUACAUCAUUCCUAUAACUAUAAUUUCCAGCCAACCCCGCCUGUUAUCCGAAGUAUCACAGCCGCUUCUGCUUCCGCGAUCUCCGGUGCGCUUUGAUAAGGAGCCUCUGAUUACGCCAGCACUAUACCUGAUUCUCGCACUCCCUCCCGCAUGAUCAUUGUUAA